AUGGAUCUUUCAAAUAUUGCGAAGAAGCUUGAUGUCGCUGAUAACAAGCUUCUUCUCCGUAAAGCUGCAGAAUUUCGCCGUUUAAUCGAUGUCCAAUUUGAUUCCUCAAUCAUCGGCGUCGGUGAGAUCUGUAAAGCUGUUAUAUGUCUUGAGAUCGCUGCAUCAAGACUUCAAGUUAUUUUUGAUAGACAAGCUGCGAUUAAGCUUAGUGGUUUGUCGGAAAGGGCUUAUUCAAGAUCGUUUAACACUCUUCAAAAUGGUGUUGGUGUCAAGAUUAAGCUUAAUGUAAAAGAAUUGGCGAUUCAAUUUGGCUGCGUUAGAAUGAUUGCAACUGUGCAGAAAAGUCUAUCAGCGUAUAAGGAGAGGUUUCUUGCGUCUCUGCCGGUAUCAAGACGAGCAAAUGCGGAUUUCACUAGACCUGUAUUUACUGUUGCUGCUUUCUAUUUGUGUGCUAAAAAACAGAAGCUCAAGGUAGACAAACAUAGGUUGAUUGAAGUUUGUGGGACAUCAGAAUCUGAAUUUUCAUGUGUCUUGACCUCCAUGAUGGACCUUUGCUUUGAAUUUUUUGGUGUAACAAAGGAAAAGAAAGAUUAUAAGGAAAUUAGUGGAAGUUCAGGUUUGCUUGAUGUGUUACCCAAAAAGAGGAGGCAUGAUGAUUCAUCUGAUGAUGAGCCUUCAUGUUACAAAAGACAAAAGAAUAUGGAAGAAACCAAGUUCGAGGACAGUAAAUCUACUGUCGUUGAUUCGAGAACCUCGAAGAAAGUUAGACAGAGCAGCCUCAAUUUUUCCAAAGAAAGCUCAUGA